AAGCAUUCAAUCACCUUUACCUGCAGCAUCGAGAGAAGACGGAGAAGCACCGAAUCGCCGAUCGUUCUCCAGUUGAGCUCAGUAUUGUAGUGUGGUUGCAAGAUGAGUAAGAGCGGUGGGAGAUGCAGCAAGGAGGGAGACGAUGCAUAUUUCGACUGGAACCGUACCAAUGGGGAAGACAAACAUUUCUUCAAGGUCAUGCUUGGUGAUUUCCAUGAAAGAGUGACAAUACCGAAUGAAUUUCUACAUAAUUUCGGGGGCAAAAUACCAAAAUCUAUUAAGCUGGAAACACGCAGCGGCCUCACUUUUGAUGUUCAGGUUACCAAGAAUUCUGGCAGAGUAGUCCUUCAAUCAGGUUGGGCAUCAUAUGUCAGUGCCCAUGAUCUGAAAAUUGGGGACUUCUUGGUAUUCAAGUACAGUGGUGACUCUCAACUGAAGACUCUAAUCUUUGAUUCGAGUGGUUGCGAGAAAGUAUGUGAAAAACCUGUUGACAUGUCAGGCAGAUCUUACGAUAUUGCCAUGAGAAACUCACAAGAUGAAAAGAAGAAACGGAAGCAAAGGGAUAUCUCAAGGCAGGGGACAGUGAAGCCAUCAGAAGAAGGUCUGAAAGCGGAACUUGUACCGGGUUGCAUCCUCCCAUCCCGGACCGAUCUUACUCGUUUGCAGAAGAAUAUACUGAUAGAGAAGGUGAAAGCUAUUAAUUCUGAAACCCCAAUCUAUGGGUAUGUCAUGAACAAUAGCAGUAUUCAUGGGAUUCCUUGUACCGUGGAAAUUUCUAAGAAAUAUGCCGAUGUAUAUCUCCCAUUUGAGGAUGGAACAGUCGUGCUUCAACAUCAUGGCAAGAGUUGGAAUGUGCGGUGUUGUCUUACUAAGCAAAACUCGAAAAGGUUUUUGAAAGGGUGGAGACAGUUUGCAGGUGACAACAAGCUGCACCUGGGAGAUAUCUGCCUCUUCGACCUACUGAAAGACAAGAAGAAAUAUGUGAUGGAUGUCCAUAUCAUUCGCAGAAAAUGAAAUCAAUAUGGUUCUCUCAGCCAUUUCUGCCGAUUUUUGCAAGUACGGGUUUGCUUUUUACUACGUUUGAUCUACAGCGAAGUUUGUUGUGCUGCUGAUACACUAUCAAUGAACAGUUAUUAGACUGACCGGUUUGCUUGUAGUUCCAAAAGUUCAGCCAUGACUUUUGUUUUUGCUAGGAGUAAUUGCGAUGGUGGAGGUGCAAUGGUGCAUCAUGUGAAUGAAAAUGUAGUACAUGAUCAGUGGCGAAUCCAGGAAGUAAAUUGAGGAGGGGCUUGUGUAUAGAAA